AUGUCACAGGGCAUCUAUUUGACUGACCAGCCAGUGAGAAGACCACAACCUGCUGGUAACUCGCUGGUGAGAAAAAUCCAAAGAGCUUGUCGACUAACGCUAGCAGAACCGGAUCUGGGUUUAAAUCUCGAUGUGGCAGACUUUGUCAAUGCCAAACAGGGUGCAGCACCAAGAGAAGCCGCAAUUUCUAUCGUGAAACUUAUCAACAGUCGCGACACCCACACAGCUGUGUUUGCAUUGGCACUUUUGGACGUGCUAGUGAAGAAUUGUGGGUACCCAUUCCAUUUGCAAAUAUCUCGCAAGGAGUUCCUCAAUGAACUUGUCAAGAGGUUCCCAGAAAGACCACCUUUGCGGUUCACGAAGGUGCAACGUCUGGUUCUCACCGCGAUCGAAGAAUGGUACCAAACUAUCUGCAAACAUGCAGCCUACAAAGAGGAUCUGGCAUACAUCAGAGAUAUGCAUCGGCUUCUUAAAUACAAGGGAUACAUCUUCCCCAAAAUCAAGGAAGAGGAUCUUUCGGUGCUCAGACCAGGGGACCAUUUAAAAACUCCUAGCGAGAUUCAAAAAGAGCAAGAAAUUGCUCAAGCUGCUAAACUAGAGGAGCUCAUCAGACGCGGUCGCCCUGAGGACUUGAAAGAGGCCAACAAGCUCAUGAAGGUGAUGGCUGGGUUCAAGGAAGAUAAUGCCAUCAAGUCCAAACAGCUUAUCAACGACGAGCUUUUCAAACUAAAGCGCAAAGCCGAUUUGUUCAAAGACAUGCUCAGCACGUCUGAGAGUCCAAACAUGGAAAACGAGACAUUGGUCGAAUUGUACAGCGCUUUGAAAGUGUCUCAGCCCAAGUUUCAAAAAAUCAUCGAAGAAGAACAUGACGACGACAAUUUGGUUCAGGACAUCCUACAAUUUAACGAUACUGUCAACCAAUUGGUUCAAAAGUACAAUUUGCUAAAAACUGGAAAUGCUGGGGAGGCAGCCAAUAUUCAGGUUCAAAACCUAUCUGCUGCUGCCCCCGCGGGUCAGUCUGGCGGCGCCUUAGCAAAUGAGCUCAAUCUCAUCGACUUUGGCGACGAUGAUGAACCAGCAUCUUCUCCUGUCCCGGCUGGGACCUCGGGCAACUCUGUGGAUGAUCUUUUGGGUGACCUAAAUAACUUGAGCUUUUCCCAACCAGCUCAAAAUUUUGGCCUAGGAGGAAGCAUCGCUUUAGGUUCAGCCCAGCCAACCACUCAAACCACCACACCCUCCAUUGGGCUAGACUUACUAUCUGGGUUUUCUGAUACGGCAUCUUCAACUCCACCUCCACCUCCCCCUCGUCAAGAGCCAUUUGGCACAAGCCCAUCUGCCUUCGGUGACUUCUCUGAUGCCUUAAGUGCUCCAAAGAUCAGCAGAGUUAAAGUUUUCGAUUCGGAGCACUUGAAGAUUGAAUUUGAGAUUACAAGGCAGACUGAAUCCUCGAUUAAGAUGUCAUCCUUCUUUUCGAAUGCAGGAACUGCUCCAAUCUCGGACUUGACCUUUAUGGUAGCUGUUCCAAAAUCUAUGACCUUAAGACUUGACCCUCAAUCUGGGAACUUCAUACCAGCAGGAAUGAACGACGGAGUCACGCAAUUUGGGUCGAUCGAAAAUGCCUAUCAAAAUGCUGGCAAGCCCUUGAAGGUUAAAUGGAAAGCCACGUACACUGUAAAUGCCACACCAGUCGAGGAAACCUCUGUAUUUACAUUUCCUCAGAUCUAG